CUCUCUGAGAGACGUCACAUGGCAGAGCAGAAGCAGGGAGUGGAUGCAGCCAUGUAAUGCAAUUACAUAUGGAAGAGCUGAAAGCAAAUGUUCUUCGACUGUAAUAAACCGGAUUGUAGAUGCACAGAAAUGGUUUCAUGAUUUCAAAUCGGAUGGAUUGGAUUUUAAGUUGAUUAGAUUUUUUUUCGGUUUGGAAGGGUUCCUCUUUUUGUUUUUGAUUUUCCUCUCCAGUCAACCCACGUCCACGCCUGGAGAUGUUUUCGAGGCGGAUUUUUUUCCUGUAACUCAACUGCUCCGUUCUGGUGGUCGGAAGGGAAUUGUGAAUAGUGAAACUCCGCCAUAUUCAGCUUUUUUUUUUUUUUUUUUUUACCACGCCCGAGUGUGUGUGUGUGAGACUAUAUAUACACACAUAUGAGGAAAACCUCAUGAUUUCCAUGCAUCCGGAUUAUAAAAAUGAAAAUGCAUUCAAGCGGAUGGAUGAUCAUUUUUUAAUUCGGAUUUUUUCCCCCACGAUUUUAACCAUAAAAUGUUUUCUGGUGGGGGUUUAGAAAUCCGAUCAGAUACGGAGUGAACAACUGAUCUGUGGAUUGCAAACUGAGAUUGAUGUUUAUAUAAUUAGAGAGAGAGAGAGAGAUAUGCGCGUGUCCCACUUCGGGUCUCGUUUUGUUUGCUUUUAUCUUUUUGUUUUGAUACAUAAGUAAAAAUACAAAUAUUUCCUGAAUUUGCUUGGACGUUGCAUAGAUCGUCCAUCUUCUCCUCCUCCUCCUUUCUUCUUCUCCACUCUGGACUGAUAAAACUACAGGAAAACUAAGGCUGCUACUUCUUCUCGACUCUUCUUCUUCUCGAGCUCCAGACUCGCUUGAUCUUCACCCAUAACGUGUAUUUUUGCUCAGAGAAACUUUUAAAACGCAAUAAAAAAAAACCCCGAGAAGAACCAUGACUCUGGACUCCAUCAUGGCGUGUUGUCUGAGCGAGGAGGCGAAGGAAGCGAGGCGGAUCAACGACGAGAUCGAGCGGCAUCUGCGCCGGGACAAGAAGGACUCCCGCCGCGAGCUCAAGCUGCUGCUGCUCGGGACGGGUGAAAGCGGCAAGAGCACCUUCAUCAAGCAGAUGAGAAUCAUUCACGGUUCGGGCUACUCGGAGGAGGACAAGAAAGGCUUCACCAAGCUGGUCUAUCAGAACAUAUUCAUGUCUGUUCAGGCCAUGAUUCGAGCCAUGGACACCCUCCAGAUUCCUUACAAAUACGAGCGCAACGAGGGCAACGCAAACGUUGUUCGAGAAGUGGACGUAGAGAAGGUUUCGGCGUUCGUAAGUCCGUAUGUAGAUGCCAUUAAGAGUUUAUGGAACGACCCAGGAAUCCAGGAGUGCUACGAUCGAAGGAGAGAAUACCAGCUCUCAGAUUCGACCAAAUACUACUUGAAUUCGUUGGAUCGGAUUGCCGAGGUGUCGUACGUACCCACGCAGCAGGACAUCCUGAGGGUCAGAGUUCCCACCACGGGAAUCAUCGAGUACCCUUUUGACCUACACAGCGUCAUAUUCAGAAUGGUGGAUGUUGGCGGGCAGCGGUCCGAGAGACGCAAGUGGAUCCACUGCUUCGAAAACGUCACCUCCAUCAUGUUUCUGGUGGCGCUGAGCGAAUACGACCAGGUCCUGGUUGAAUCCGAUAACGAGAAUCGAAUGGAGGAAAGCAAAGCGCUAUUUCGGACGAUCAUAACGUAUCCCUGGUUCCAGAAUUCAUCCGUCAUUUUGUUCUUGAACAAGAAAGACCUGCUGGAGGAGAAAAUCAUGUUUUCACAUCUUGUAGAUUACUUUCCUGAGUAUGAUGGUCCCCAGAGAGACGCUCAAGCAGGGGGAGAGUUCAUCCUGAAGUUGUUCGUCGACCUGAAUCCCGACAGCGACAAAAUCAUCUAUUCGCACUUCACAUGCGCGACAGACACGGAAAACAUCCGAUUCGUCUUCGCCGCAGUCAAGGACACCAUCUUACAGCUCAACCUGAAGGAGUACAAUCUGGUGUAAACGGACGAACAAACCCGUGGCGUCCCUGCAGCUUGAGCUUAACUUUGAAAAACGACACGCGUGGGGUGACGCUGAGUCGUCGUCGUCCCCCACCCCUCACCGCCACCCCCUCUCAAGGACAAAUUGGAGACUGAUUUACCAUUUUGUCUUUGGACAAUAAUAUCAAUGAAUACAACCUGCUCACUACUGCGUAAUUUAUUUGCACUUUGGAGCUUGUUUGCAGGGUCCAACAUCACGAUUUUUCAUUUGAGAUACAAAAAAAACGACGCUGGGGGACGUUUUUUCACAAUCGGCUUAACCGCAUGCUCAGCCAUGGUGAACUUUUACGGUUUCCUUUCUCGAAUGCGCUUCGCUCUCCAUGCACGAGUUGAAGAAUGUACACACCUGGUUAAUUACUAAUUAAGGAUCAGAGGAUCAAGAGGUGCUAGAAAGUUAUGACACACCUAAUUAUCUCCUCCAUUGUAUUUAAGUACUUCAACCGGUGACUAUUUUCUGUUCAAGGUCUGAGGACACAGAUCAGGAUCAGCAAUGGGUGUGGUUUCUUCUCCAAGACGCCUUUUUUGCUGUCUUUAUGGUAAUUAGAAGUGAAUGGUUUAGAGUUGAGUGGUGCCACAUUUUGCUUAUAAGUGUGCUUCUUAUAUAUUGUUAAAGGAAUAUACGCUUCACUAAUGUCAGACGUUAUUUUUUAGAAACACACACCCCCAUCUGUUUGUAUCGUUUUCCAGAUUUCUUAUUUGUUCUUAGAAAGUUGUCCAAUUGUUCACUCUCUAACAGUAAGACAGCAGUAUUUCAUCAAUCGUUCACCCAAUUUAGUGUUUCACUGCUGGGUAUCUAAGGUGGCCACCAAAAACAUUUCCUGGUUUACAGAUGGACCGAAUCUUCUAGUGCCACUUUCACCACUACAGUAUAUUUCCUUAAUCAUGAAAUUAGGAUGUACAAUCAGUGUUUAAAUUUCAAGUGUAUUUGGGAAUGAUCGAGGAUUCCUACAUGAUGUUCCUCCAAAAAAAAAAAAAAAAUCGAGCUUUUUGGGACAAUGCGAUCUUUCAUUUAACCUCAUUUUUUCAUCCCAAAUGGUUUCAUAUAUAUAAAAUAUUUAAAAAAUGCUGAUUUGUGAUAUUUGCAAUUGGAAUGUUCUAGAAAAUGAACCAUGAUGAAUUUUUUUUUAUCCCCCUCAUGGGCUGGUGGUGUUAAUUUUCUGGUGUUUCAAUCAUUCCUAAAAAGGACUCGAAUUAAACUUCACAUGCUUGUUA